CACUUCUUCACGCUAAGCAUCAAGACCACUUUCUAGAUGACACUAAAGAUGGACUCUUCUCCAGGCAUCGUGGCUGCGAUACUUCUCAUACUCGGAAGGACCCAUGGAGACUCCGUGACUCAAACAGAAGGCCAAGUGAUCAUCUCAGAAAGCAAGUCCCUGAUAAUAAAUUGCACGUAUUCAGCCACAAGCAUAGCUUACCCUAAUCUUUUCUGGUAUGUUCGAUAUCCUGGAGAAGGUCUACAACUCCUCCUGAAAGUCAUUACAGCUGGCGAGAAGGGAAGCAGCAGAGGGUUUGAAGCCACAUACAAUAAAGAAACCACCUCCUUCCACUUGUGGAAAGCCUCAGCGCAAGAGUCAGAUUCGGCUGUGUACUACUGUGCUCUGGGUGACACAGUGGCAGAAAAUGCAGGGCGAGCUAAGCACAAACCGAGAGGGGUGAGCAGCCAGCAGAAGGUGCAGCAGAGCCCAGAAUCCCUCCUUGUCUCAGAGGGAACUUUGGCCUCUCUCAACUGCACUUUCAGUGAUCGUACCUCGAACGACUUCAGGUGGUACAGACAGUAUUCUGGGAAAGGCCUUCAGUUGCUGGUGUCCAUCUUCGCCGAUGGGCAAAAGAAAGAAGGCAGAUUCACAACUCUCCUCAAUAAAGCCAGCCUGCAUCUUUCCCUACACAUCAGAGACCCACGGCCCAGUGACUCUGCUGUCUACUUCUGUGCAGUGAGCACACAGUGCUCCCCAGCCACCUGCAGCCUGCACCCAAACUUUGGGCCCACACAAGGCCUGAACUAG